CUUAACAGCUAAAGAGUUGCAACAUCAUUGUUGAUGUGAGUUGCCUCACUGCCCUCACAGGAAAAGUUGUCUUCCUAAGAUCUCAUCUAAAUCUCUGCUCUUUCAGGUUUAAGAUGUUCCUUCCUGUCUUGUUCCUGCCCUCCCUGAUCCAGAGCCCCUCCCCAGCUUUCCUGGAGCCCCUUUCAGCACUGGAUGCUGCUCUAACAUCUCCCCGCAGCCUCCUCUUCUCCAGGCUGAACAACCCCAACUCUCUCAGCAUGUCCUUUUAGCAGAGGUGCUCCAGCCCUCGCAUUGUCUCUGUGGCCUCAGCUGGACUCGCUCCAACAGCUCCAUGUCCUUCCUGUGCUGAGGACUCCAGAACUGAAUCAUCAAAGUCCUGCUAGAUCCUGAACAUUUCCCUGUCUCUCAGGCUGUCUGAAGAUGUGACUAUUUGUGAAAUAAGCUGUCGGAUCACUCUUUUGCCAAAGCAAUGGCUUCUCAAGAAUUUAUUGUGUUAUACACUCACCAAAAACUGAAAAAAUCAAAAACCUGGCAAGAUGGAAUUCUGAGGAUUAGCACUGGCAGAAACAAGGCUGUCUUAUUUGAUGAUAAAGGACAAUGUUUGGAGAGCAUUUUUAUAAAAUCUGAGGUGAAUGCUGGAGAUAAUUUAGAAAGUGAACGAUAUUUGAUCACAGUUGAAGAAGUAAAAGCAAAUGAAAAAUCUUUUGAAGAUCAACCAAGGAAAGCAGAAACUCCAGCAGAGGAUAGAAAUGGUGUAAAACGUGGUGUUCUGCCUCUGAGACAUCUGUCUGUUGGCUUGAAAAGGAAGUUUACGGGUUUCCAAGUGCCACGCCAAGUUGAGAAGAAAAUAUCAAUGGUGGAAGAUGGAGAAAACCUGCCAAUAUUGCCUUUAUCUAAGCAGUGUCAGGGUACUUUUCCAUCCAAGUUUUAUAUUACCUCUCCGUUAUUUUCUACGGUUGGCAAGAAGGAUGCGGAAACAAAUCCAUCUGCAGACUUUCAUCAGGAUGCGUGUAUGGGUAAUAUUAGAGAACACAUGUCCCUUUCCUCACUGCUUUCAGGAACAUUUCUUGACAGGUGUGAUGAGGCAGAGAAGCAAAACUCUCAUCAGUCCCUUGUGGAGCCAGUAUCUCCUCUAAUUCCUGGACAUGCUCAAUUUAACAGUCAGACAGUCGGUCAUGGAGCAGUGUCCCACAACAUCAGGAGCACAGCACAGAUAAUAGCUCUCUUGAAGUCUAAACCAGCACAAGAACGCAGAGAGCAAACAACAGCUGAAGUCACAGAGUGUCAUUCUGGGUAUCAGGCAUCAGAGAACACGGGUAGUUUAUAUGACCAAAAAAGCACAAUCCUUCCUGCUUUUUCAGGCAACCCUGCCGAAAGACUAAUUCAAAAUAUUCCACACCCGCCUUUUACAAAGGGAACUGUAAAUGAUAAAAAGGAAUGGAAUGCUGAAGUGCUUCUGAAUUCGGCUGAACAACCUUGUGAAAAAGAAGUCACAGGACAGAGACGUGACAAGAAGGCAUGUAAUUUAAGUCAAGACUUACAAGAUCGCUCCAAUGCAAACAGUUUCUCCCUACCUGAAUUCACCAUAAGCAGAAUGAGCAACAGCAAGUUUGUCCCAUCCUCAGGUGGCGUUUUGUGUUCAGCAAGUCCAGUCACCUUGGAAAAAAAUCUCUCUAGGUACAGGGAGCAUUCAGUGACAAGUGGUCUUGAGGAGAAUCCGCCUGCGGAGCUGCAAAGUGAGCUUCAGCCAAGCAAAACUUCAGAAGGAAUGCCUGGUGAGCUGGAGCACUCUGGGGCCGUAGCACUGACUGAAACUGGAGUUGUAGAGGAGGAGUUAAGGACGGACUUAAGCAAGGACUCUAGUCCAGAUGAACAGGUGAUGGAGGUUAACUUUAAUCUAAUGGAAGCUUUUGAUUUUAAUGACACAGACAAUGAAGACGUGUGUGAAAGAGAUGUGAAGAAGCUCACUGAAGGAAACAUGCUUUCACAAAGUCCAGAUUGCUUCAAGGGAAAAGAUGUAGCACAAAGUAGUGCGCUGAGAUGUCAUUCUCCCUGUGAAGUAGUGACAUGCUGUGAAAACAAAGAAGUCAGAUGUUCAGCGUUUGAUGGAGAGAAUGAUGGAAAUCACUGCACUGAGAGUAUUCCUUCUCAGCUUUGUGACAAUACUGUUGGAAGUAUGGGAAGAAUUGCAGAAGAUUCUGUAAACCUGACCAGAUCCAAAGCAGGACUUUUGAGUGAUGAACACAAUGUAAACGAGGUUAAUGAAAGUCAAUUAAGUAUUGAAGCCACCAACAGAGAGAAGGUUCUUGAUGGCUGUGCAGCGCACACCAUUAAUGGCACAGCAUGGAUAAAAAACAAUCUCUCUGAUCUUUUGUGUAGUGACACAGAUGUUAAUGAAUGUGACACAGAUGUUAAUGAAUGUGACCCUAUGUUUGAGAAAACUGAAAGCAUUUCAUGUAUUCCUACCAGCAGGAUACUUUCUGCAGUGGACAAAAAGACAGAAGAUGAUGUUAUAGAGGUUGGAUGCCUGCAGUCCCCAGGUGCUGAUUUAGAACACUUCUGGGGUACUAUGAGCGAUGGCAUUAAACCAAGUAGUCCUUUGCUGGCUUUGUCAGGAAAAUCAGCUCCUAGCUAUGGCUCAUUCCAGUAUUUCACAGAUGACCAUCGAAAGGUAUUUGGCAUUUCACAUGAGGAAGAUACUCUCAUUCCUAGAAGUUCUAUCUAUCCUUUCAGAAAAGGCCGUUCGUCUCCAGAGGAAACGGCAAUAGGAGAAAAUGAGUUAGAAAGCAUAGAGAGCAUAAACACCUUCCGUGAAACCUGCAAAGGUGAAAGAAUAGUAAUGGAUUACCUGAAACACACAGCAAUGGCUCAGAGUUCAUCAGGUCUUCCUGAUUUGGUAAAUGAUAUCGCUCUUCUCAGUGCUUUGACUCAACAUAGCACAGCGUUAGAAAGCUUACAAAAGAUGGAGGAAAGUAAUAGCAUAUUACGUGAAGCAGAGACUGCUAAUGAGAUAUUUGAACCCUCUGUGGAGGAUAAAGCUAUAGAACAGUUUACAGAAAUGCCUUACUCAGAAAGUAUAAAGGCAUCUUCCUGUUCGUACUUUGAUUCUUCUGACCUUAUGCCUAAUUGUGUGGAUAGUGUAUUACAGAAAACAGAGGCACGUACUCUCCCAGUACCAGUGGCCCAAAUUGAUCCUGGGACAUAUGACUGCCAACCAAAGUCUCCAGCCUCAAGAAGUCUUCAUGAAGAUGAUAUCAACUUUAUCAGAGAAGAGAAGCUACAAACGCAGCCUGACUUUAAUAAAGAGUCAAGAAUAGAUCAGUCCCCACUGGCAUUGAAUGUGUGUUCUGAAGUUCCACCAUGGCCGAUGUCAGGCUCACCUUCACACUCUGAUUUGAGACAAAGGCAGUGGACUUCAUGGGACCCUGGCAAGAUGAUUUCAUCACUAGAACUGCCUUCCUCUCUUGAUCCAGACUCUGCAAUUUCUCCAGCUUCAGAAAGGGAAGAAACUAUUGGAGACAUCCGGGAACUCCUGGUACCCAGGAUCUUGCCAAGGGAACCAGAAGUUUCAGAAAUUUUUUUGACACAGGAGAAGCCCAGCUAUUCAGAGAAAUGCAGCCUCUCCACAUUCAAACCGACAGUUAAAACACGAACUCCACUUGUCACUUUUCCUGGUGCUGAGAUGAGUUCUGAGGGAGUUUAUGCAACUGGCAGCGAGGAGGUGCAGCAAUCUUUCAGCUCUUCAGUAGUCUCUUUAUGCAACAAGUCAGCGGAAUUUCCUAUUAAUGCAUUUUGCCCUGAGGACAGAAAUUAUGAAACCUCUGUGUUUGGAGAGUAUGCAGAAGACAGACAAAGGGAAUCCGUACAACCCGUGUUCCCUAAUGUGACUUCAGAGAAUAGACAAAGCAAAUGGCUAAAAUAUCAAAACAGUGACUUGAGAACUCAAAACAGCGAUGAUGAGGAAGUGAUCGAUGACAUCUGUGCUGAGAAUGUCCUUGGAAUGCUGCUGGGUGACACAGGAGAGAGCAGUGCUGUGAAUAAAAGCGCUCCCGGCUCAGCAUCUCUACUGACAGCAAAGAGCGCACGUGGGAAACGCUGUAUGAAUACCAGCAGCCAAGAUUUGAUUUCAGAGAGGAAGUUACUUUCUCUGCACUUAAGUCAGACGCCGUUGGCUGAAGCAACACAAAAGGUGUUGAGUCAUCUGAGCUGCCACACGGUAACAGGAGACAGCCAGGAAAUAACGAUUUCUGAGUUGUCUUUUCCUAAUGUGGAUGAAGUCAAGCAUGCUAAUCUUCCUAAAAGAAAGGUUUCCAUUCCAACUGUGUUUCAGUCCUAUGUUCACUACAAGCAGACUUUUAAAGCUGCUCUGACAGAGCAAUUAAACAUAAUGCUGUUUGAGCUGUCACAAAGAUUACACAACGCUCUUUCCAAAGUGGAUAUAUCAUUUUACACCGCACUGAAAGAUGGGCAAAGUGAGACCAAAACAAGUUGUGUUCCACUCUGCAAUCACAUGCAUCCUGCUAAGCUUGUUAUGGUUAAAAAAGAAGGUCAGAACAAGGGUCGUUUGUUCUACACCUGCGACGCCCCAAAAGCUGAACAGUGUUCAUUUUUCAAGUGGAUUGAAGAUGUGAACCACACACAGAUCAAAUCCAGACCUAGUGUAGUGCUUCAUGAUAUAAAAAGCAUUGGGACUUACCUCAGAAGUCAAAUGAUUUCUCUUUAUGAGGGAUGCCAGCUUUUGGUGAGGAAGCCCUUUGAAAUUCAAACACAGAGGUGUAGUAAGUUCAAGAAGUUUAUGAAUACACCUGCCAAAUUUGAUGGUGAUUCCAAAACCAAAUUGUACCUCAAACUAAGCAGAAAGGAGCAUUAUUCUCUCUAUAGCAAAGAUGAUAUUUGGGUUGUUUCGAAGACUCUGAACUUUGAGCCUCUUGAUACUUUUAUUGCAAGUAGUGCUUUCUUUGGACCGUCCUCUAACAAUGAAGUAGAGUUACUCCCACUGAAAGGCUACUGCCCCUCAAACUGGCGAUCAGACGCGAUUGUUCAUGCCUUGCUGGUUUGCAAUGCCAGUGGGGAGCUUACGUCCUUAAGAAAUAUGGAGGAGCACUUCAAUCCAUCUACAUUACCACUGAUACCCUUUCUGCUAAAGAUGAAUUUUGAUUCUGAAAAUGUUACCAGUAGAGUCAACAGAAGGAAAUUUAAUCCACCUGCCAUUAGCCUGAAACCCACAAUGAUGCACGGACCUGUCAGCACUGAAGUGGCGAUGGGGCUGGCGGAAAAGAUGAUCCAAACAUUCUCAUUGAACCCAGAUCAAGCUGCAUCACUCAUUCAGAUAGCGCAGAUGAUGACCUCGUCUGGAAAUACCAAACCUGCUGAAGAACAUCAGACGUUCCCUAUCACAAUCAUACGUGGUGUUUUUGGAGCUGGAAAGAGCUAUCUGCUGUCUGUUGUGAUCUUGUUCCUAGUACAGCUCUUUGAAAGCAGUGAAGCUACAGAGGGUCCAAGGCCAGUUCCAUGGAAACUCCUGAUUGCUUCUUCCACUAAUGUUGCUGUUGACAGGAUACUGCUGGGUCUGCUUGAUCUUGGAUUUGAGGAUUUUAUCAGAGUUGGAAGUAUUAGGAAAAUUGCCAAAGCAAUUCUUCCACAUAGUUUACAUACUGGCACAGGAAAUGAAAAUGAGCAGUUAAAAGAGCUGCUUGCUCUCAUGAAAGAAGAUUUGACUCCAGUGGAAAAAAUAUAUGUAAGGAAGAGUAUUGAGCAACAUAAACUGGGGACCAAUAAAACUAUACUGCAACAGGUAAAAGUGGUUGGAGCGACCUGUGCUGCCUGCCCAUUCCCUUGCCUGAACGCUCUCAAGUUUCCUGUAGUGAUGCUGGAUGAGUGCAGUCAGAUGACUGAACCUGCUUCCCUCCUUCCUAUUGCAAGGUUUCAGUGUGAAAAGCUAGUCCUCGUUGGAGACCCCAAGCAACUACCACCAACUAUCCAAGGGUCUGAGAGCAUUCAUGAGAAGGGAUUGGAGCAGACUCUUUUUGACCGGCUUUGCUUAAUGGGACAUAAACCAAUCCUCCUUCGGACACAGUACCGAUGUCACCCUGCUAUUAGUGCCAUAGCCAACGAGCUGUUCUAUGAAGGAAAUCUGAUAGAUGGUGUUUCCGAGAAAGAGAGAAGUCCUUUAUUGGAAUGGCUUCCAACACUAUGUUUUUAUAGUGUUAAUGGAAUGGAGCAAAUUGAAAGAGACAACAGCUUUUAUAACAUGGCAGAGGUUCAUUUCACAGUCAAGCUCAUCCAGUCACUGGUUGCGAGUGGAAUAGAAGGAUCUAUGAUCGGAGUGAUUACACUUUAUAAAUCACAGAUGUAUAAGAUCCAGAAUUUGCUUGGCAGUGUACACUCUGAGGCCUUCAAAAUUAAAGCUGUCCAGGUGUCCACUGUAGACGCAUUCCAAGGAGCUGAGAAGGAGAUCGUGGUUUUGUCGUGUGUAAGAACCAGGCAAAUGGGUUUCAUAGACUCAGAAAAGAGAAUGAAUGUUGCACUAACGAGAGCAAAGAGGCACUUGUUGAUUGUUGGAAAUCUGGCCUGUUUAAGUAGGAACAGACUGUGGGGAGGAGUAAUUCAGCACUGCAAAGGAUGGGAAAAUGGAUUACAACACGUAAGCCAGUGUGAGCAGCAGCUAAACGACAUUCUGAAGUGUUAUUUGGAGAAAUGGAAGGAAGAGGAACAGAAUAAGAAAAAGGAAAAAUAAAAUAUACACCCACUUUAUGAAGAAAAUGUGAAUUGCAUGUUUGUAAAAAUUAUCAGAACGAUUGCAAAUCACAUAUUUAUAAUGUGGGAAAUUUUGUUUGUAUCUCAGGGUACUGAUAUUUCUGUUUCAACCCCCUGUUUGUAUGCCUAAAAAUGAAUAAAGUAACUUUACCUGCCUGAUAACUGCAAUCCUUUCAUGCUUACAAAGCACCUUAUUGUUUUAUUAGUGCUUCAUUAUUAUUGAGAUUAUACGGGUAACAUUGUCUCGUGGAACAAUUCUGUCAUCCCGUGCAUUCACAGAUCGGUGACAUCUAGGCAGGAGCCUGGCUAAAGCAAUUAAAAGGAUAAAUAAUACAGUAAUUUCUUCAGAGAGAAAUUACAUGUCCUUGGUCUGUCAGGUCUUUGGAUAUCAAAAUGAGAAGGGACUGACCUGUAUCUAGAUUUUUUACAGGUGUUGGGAUAACAGUACUGGGUCCAGCUCUGUUCAAUGUCUUUAUCAAUGACCUGGAUGAAGGCAUUGAGUGCACCCUCAGCAAGUUUGCAGA